AUGACUUCAAAUGUGAAAGAAGAUUUAAAACCACGAAGAAGGAAAAGGAGAACCGAAAGAAAACAAAAGAUAGAGAAAUCCAAUUCUAAAAAACUUGAAGAAGUACCAAGAAAAUUCAAGGAGAAGAAGAAUAUCUGC